AUGUUUUUUCGUUUGUUUAUUAUUGCUUAUGUGACUUUAAUCACUGUUGAUAGUCGUAUUCUUCGAGUGAAACGACCAUUACUUUCAUUGAAUCUUAUCGAUGAAAUUAAUUCAGCACAAACAACAUGGAAAGCAGGACCAUCAAAAUUUAUGUCAUGGUCAAAACCGUCCAUUGAACGUUUGAUGGGUGUCCGUCCAGAAUAUUUCGAACAACAUAAAGAACUUCAAGUACUUGAACAUGCUGUACCAAAUGAUUUACCAGAAAAUUUUGAUGCACGUGAUCAAUGGCCUAAUUGUCCAACAUUGAAAGAAGUACGCGAUCAAGGAAGCUGUGGCAGUUGUUGGGCUUUUGGUGCUGUUGAAGCUAUGUCUGAUCGUGUUUGCAUUGCUUCAAAUGGUGCUCAAAAUGUACAUAUUUCAGCUGAAGAUCUUGUUUCAUGCUGUAAAACAUGUGGUUUUGGUUGUAAUGGUGGUUUCCCACAAGGUGCUUGGUCCUAUUUUAAAAAGACAGGUUUAGUAACUGGUGGUAAUUAUAAUUCAAAUGAAGGUUGUCGACCCUAUUCAAUUGCUGCAUGUGACCAUCAUGUUAAUAAGACUUUACCACCUUGUCAAGGUGAAGAAAAAACACCAAGUUGUGCUAAAAAAUGCGUAGAUGAUUAUUCAGUUGCAUACACUGAUGACAAGCACUAUGGUGAUAGUGUUUAUUCGAUUCGAUCAGAUGAAACACAAAUUAAAACUGAACUCUAUAAGAAUGGACCAGUAGAAGCUGCUUUUACUGUCUACGCAGAUUUUCUUUUAUAUAGUUCCGGUGUUUACCAACACACAUCUGGAUCAAGUCUCGGUGGUCAUGCUAUAAAAAUUCUUGGUUGGGGUGUUGAAAAUUCAGUGCCAUAUUGGCUUGUUGCUAACUCAUGGAAUCAAGAUUGGGGUGAUAAUGGCUUCUUCAAAAUUCUUCGUGGUAAAGAUCACUGUGGUAUUGAAAGUGGUAUUGUUGCUGGUGCACCAAAACUCAAUUAG